CCGUAGAAUGUGGCGAUUUUCUAGAAUUCCAGAAGCUGGGCAUCAUAGUGCAAAGAAAUAUCUGCCUUUGAGAUGCAGUCAUUUUUAUAUUGACAAUACUCUGGAGACCAGUUAUUGUUGUGGUGCAACUUAGUUGCAGUUGGACUCCCGGCCAGGAUGGAGAUGCAUUGAAGAAAAUGAGGACUGUUGAUGACAAAAUUGUGUAUAUGCUGAAUACAUCUAUACCAACAGAAUCAUUUAAAGGGCAAGUUGAUCCAACAGCGACAUGCAAACAGCUUUAUGAAGAGCUGAAAUCCAGUUAUGAUACAAGAGAAGCAGCCAUUAAAAAAUGUAUUACUUUAGCUGCAGAGCGAGUCAAAGAGCUGAAGGUUCAAAGGGAAAGUAGAGUUGAUGAUAUAAGCCUCCUGAAGAAUCUACGCAAAGAACAAACAAAGCUGAGAUUGCUUCAGUCAGAACUGAAUGUGGAAGAAGUGGUGAAAGAGAGAAGCACAAAAGUGUACUAUGAACGAUGUCGACCGUUUUUCAAACCAGCAGACAUUGAAUUAUGAUGAACAGGCAUUGCUAUUUUCUAGUCAUGUGCCUGGUAGUAGAGCAUGAAUUCUGUGAGAAGGAAAAGGGCACUUGUGGAUUGAUAUUCAGUUUGUAUCAAGAUUGUGAAGUGGACUGCUUAGAACAGGGUGAUUACAUGCACUUUUUUAAAGGAAAUUUUUGAGGAAGAAGAAGAGUGUCUUUCAUUACAUAGAAGAGUGAAUCGUCUGUUUAUUUACCUGCAAUAUUUUGAUAAACAGUUGUAUUACAACAUUGUCACUAAUGUUCAUUUGUUGUUAUUCAACAUUUUGAUACAAGAUUAUAUUACAAGGUUGUUGCUAGUAGACAUUUGAUUUAAUUAUGCAGACUUGCCCAGGUAGCAGUGAAUGGAAUUAUAUUUUCCUUAAAAUAAAAUGAGUCUUUGAUACCAACAGGUACAUUUAUAAUGAAUCACUUUUCGUGUGGUAAACAUUUUUCUGCUUGAAUUAAAAGCAGAAUUUGACUUACGUAUCAAAAAAGAAACAUUUGCAGAAAUACUGUUAACCAAAUUUUCAUUGGAAAAAAAUAUGCCAAAUAUAAAUUUUUUUAAAGUGUGAAGACUGAUAAAAUGUGCUCAGAGCAAUUGUAUUAUUGCUAGCCAUGUAUAUUAUUUAUAUAUGUUAGUCAUAUGUAGAAUCACAAUUUUGCCUUUUUUGUCAGCAGUCAGUUUUGAAGUCCAUGAAAUUAAACAAAACUGUACUUGCAUUUGUGGUCACUUUAAUGUUCAAGUAUGUAGUUAACAUUAGACCUUGCUGAUUUCCACAAAGCCCUUGACAGAAGCUGAAUAAUGUUUUUAUGUUAUAUACUUUAUACUUUAUUUGUACAAAUGUUGCUUUUGUAUAACACCAUUUUCCAUCCACAAAGAAAAUAAAUUUCAUGAUAUUCAUCAAGAAAAAGUAUGUCCAUCUGGAACUUGUUGAUA